AUGGACGGCCUUCCAUCGUACCACGAAGCCACUACCAGUCCGGACUGGCUAUCCCUGGUUGCCUCUUUCAUACCAGUGGGAUGCUGGCAAACAUGCUGCCUUGUGGACCGUCGGUUCUAUCGUCAAUUUAAUCCUCGGCUUUGGCAGGAUCCCUUGGUGGUCAUAAGACAGCUCGGGCUGCAUCCCAAUGAUGACCUCACCUGGUACCGUCGCUUCAUAAACAAGCACAUCCAGUCCGCGCGGCUCGAAACCCGUUCGAUGGUCCGCUCCUUGGACUUUCGUGACUUCGCCUUAAGAGCAUCCGGUCUCUACUCCACUGAAGCUAGCGAGCGGGCUAUCUCAAACAGCUUUCGAACUAUACCACAUGACUUCCCAAAGUUGAACUGUCUGCUACUGGAUGGUCAUCCUGAACUGGACCCCGGUUCUCUAGCCACGAAUAGCCUCUCAGCGCAUUCACUUGAGUUGCUUGACCUAGCCAACUGCCGUCAGGAGCUGACGCCAAAGCUGUUCAACCCGGCUUUCUUCAGAGACCUGGUGUACCUAGAUGUUUCCUACGUUCCUGGAUCACUCAAGACUGCUAUCCAAUCGACACUGAACCCGAGGCUACUCCCAGAACUCCGCGUCUUCAAAGCAAGGGGGCGUGAAAUGGAUGAUGCUACCGCCAGCUUACUAUUCCUCACAUUCGGUCGUCAGCUAUGGAGCCUCGAUCUAAGUAACAAUAAACUUACGGAUAGGAUCAUUGACGACAUUGUGGAGCACUGCUUUUCGUCUUUAUCCUUCCACACAGAUGCGCAUUUUGAAAGGGAGGGGAAGUUGACACUGCCAAGGAAUAUUGGCAGUCGGAGUUGCGGGCCUUUCGAGUUCAUCGAGGAAUCAGAGCACAGUCUUUACUUCAACCACCCAGAGAGGUAUUUUGCGGAUUCCCCGCUGUACUCUCAGCGGGCCGAUCAGACUGAACUUCAAGAAUGGCAAGUCAUCCGCUCCAACGGACUAGGUCCCCUGAAACGGGAUGAUGCCAAAGCCUUCAAGCAAUUACUACUGGAUGAUGCUACAGCUGGUGCCACGGGUCCAUUGAUGGCAUCCUAUCACGGCGAUAUACGCAUUGCAAAAGGUGGAAUCACACAUCUCUAUUUGGGUGGAAACCGGGUUACUACGCUCGGAGUGGAAAGACUACUUCGAAAUUCAUCAGGGAGGCUCGAGCAUUUUGAAUGUGACUCGUGUUUUCACGUCCCGGCUCCUGGGAGAACUCGUGUUACAGGCUUAUUGGGCUCAGCCCAUCUGUUUCGACCCGUCGUAUCAUCAAAUCUUCGGUCUCUGGAGGUUCACCACUCUCUCGUAACCCGAGUGCCAACAAUUGCCAUCGAGGGACAAUCUUUAGCUUCAACUUCAAGGCUAGCAGAGGGACCCCUAUUCAAAAACAUCCGUCGUGCAUACCCUCAAGGCUUUGAACCCGAUAUGAACCCCCGUAUCAGCUCCCUAACACUGACCCAUAUCCCCGCACGAUCCAGAGGUGCUAUCAUCGAACAGUUGACUGGGUUUCUAGACCUUGUAUCUGCCCAACAGAAGGCCAUCAAGCAAGCAGCCACCAUAUCCACCGGACGGGGUCCAUCUGUCCUCAAGGGUCUUCGCCACCUCCGACUUGAGAUAGAACCAGAUUUUACCGAUGAUUCUGUCGAUUCGUCUACAGGGCGAGAUGUCGACUUCGACAAGCUCCUUGAUCCUGGGGACGAAGACUUCAGCAACGAUACAUUCAGCUUCUUUGAAGACGAGUCAAGGGGCAUUUCCUCUCGGUCCAAAAGUACAACCCGAGCGAGUGCGGUUGCCGGGCCCGGGGGGCUCGCUCCUUAUUCACACUGGACUUCAGGCCGUCUCAAGUCCUUUCCCUACACGGAUACGCAGUCUGAAUACCUCAAUUAUCAACCGGAGCUGUCAGAAUCUUGGACUGGUAACAUGUACUCGAUCCCGGUGUGGAUUGGAUCUGGUACGAUCGGAUCAAGUGCUGCACUCAACGAAUACAUGUGGAAUCUGCAAGAUCAGAAACUUUGCAGCAACGUUGGACCUGCGACGCCGAAUCACGUCGCCGCCGGGGUCCCUCCCUUAUCAUACAUAUUCUACGCGGCUUGGGAUGCAAUGAUACUCCCUCGGGAUGUCCAAGCAGCCGUGAAGAGAGCCGGACCUGCUCCAUUUCGGGAUGUAGCUGCUGCGAUCAAGGAGUAUCGUUUCCGGAAAAGGGGUACAGCUGAUCACUGGGAAGGGCAGAUUGAGCUGGUGCGGACCAAGAAAGCAUCGCGUUAUCAAUCCUCCGAGUAUUGGCGCUGA